AUGGUCAAAAGCCCUAGGCCCGACUCGGCAGUUAGUCUACCCAGACUGGUACCCUCCACCGACAAGCACAAGGAGACCUCAGCUGUUGUGUCCCUUGGGGAGUAUGAGGGCACGAUGAGGGUCCUCAUUGAGUACUGCCAACGAUGCUACAGACACCCAUGGUGUGUUCAUCACAACGAGGAGAAAUACUUCACACAGUUCAUGGACAUCGCUGGUCGCAUUAGUCAAGCUUUCCCCGAGGUCGGCGAGAUUGUUGAUGUCAAGGACCCUCGUAUCGGCGCUUUGGAGAUUACUGUUGUGAAUGGUCCACACCAGCAAGUGGUGUUCUCUAAGCUACAGUCGGGCAGAUGGCCCAACGUGUCGAAUAUUUUAGACCGUAUAAGACGAGUUGCCCACAGGAUGGUGACGUCGGAGGGUAGGGACAGUCUUCUUGUUGAAAACGAGUUCCUCACUUCGCGUCACCAUACCAUUGUAGUCCAUCUGGCUGCUGAUGCGCCGGUUCCGUUUGUUCUCGGACUGGAGAUAACUGACAGAGCCCCCUUCCUAGUAACGGUGGUGGAAGAGGGGAAAUACGGUGCUGAAUGUGGUGUCGCUAGAAGAGACAUUUUACACUGCAUAAACGGCAAGGCGUGCGACCGUAUGGACCUCGAUGAGCUCUUGAUCGAGCUUAGGAAACGGCCGAUGAGUCUGUAUUGUCGCCGCUUCGAUCACAAUAAGAAGACACGGCGUCAAGUUGGAGGGCCAAUCACCUUCACCAGACUAUUCGGUGGACGGCCGACUUCGGGUAGAGUGGAGAAGGCCGCAGCAAUUCACCGUCAACGACAACGUAUGGGAAUGGCUACCAUCCCACGAAGGCCCUCGCCGUCUCUAAGACUGCCCCGACCGAUGAAGGGAAUCGACGGCAUGCACGG